UGCUAAGGCAUCCACGUAUGCUGCAUCACCAAAUUUUGAACAGCAUAUAAAGAGUUCUGGAACAAGUCGUAAAGAUUUUUGCAGGAAUAAUUCGCUGUUGACCAGUCUUUCUUCACUUCCGUUCUUUCAUCCAUUCACUUCUUUCUUAUUGUCACAUUCUUUUGACAAGACUUUUAACACACAUUUUUGGAAAACACUCGAUAUCCACAAAUUAUACCAUAAUGUAUACCAUCACUUUCGCGACUAUUGCAAGCCUGGUGCUCGGCGCGAUCGCUGCGCCACUUGACAUCGGCAGCGGCCGAGUUCAGCUGCAACUAUCGAUCGAUCUUGGCGGCGAAGGGGCCGCUGCCGCUGGAGUCAUUAAUGGUCAGCAGCUGUUCGAUUUCUCUUCCACCCACUUCAUCAAUGCUGUCCCAGAGGAAGUCGUAAACGGUACCGAGCCGACUGGCGGUCUCGCCGGCGCAUCCGGCACCUUUAACUUCGGCAUCAACAGUGCCUCAAACAUGAUCUGCUACAACAUCACUCUGCACAAUUUUCAAGGCGAAUUCGAUUCUCCCGCAACCACGGCAACACAUAUACACGAGGCCGCACGUGGUGCUAGUGGACCGCCCCGAAUCUCAUUCCCAAACCCGGAGCCGGUGGAGGGAAACGAAGGGGUCAGAAACAGUGCAGGAUGUAUGAAAGGUCCAUUUACGACUGGGGUUAUGGUUGAAGGUGUGGAUUCGGGCGAAGGUUUCCAUGUCAGCAUGAUCGAAGCGAACCCGGCAGCGUUCAUGGCGGAUACCCAUUCGAGCCUGGCGCUGCCUGGUGCGGUGAGGGGGCAGAUGGCAUAAUCAAUUAGUGUAACAAACGAUUGACCAAUAAUUUUAAUAGAGGCUCUUUGCAUAUGGUCAUAUCAGCGGGUU